GCUGCGGGGAACUGCGGCUCCGGGGGGAGCGCGCCGGGUUGGGCCGGGCCGGGCCGGGUUGGACCGAGCCGGGUCGGGCCGGGCCGGGCCCGCGGCUCCGCAUGGCUGCCCGAGAGCGGGACGCGAUCUCCUGGUACCAGAAGAAGGUCGGGGCCUACGAUCAGCAGAUAUGGGAGAAGGCGAUCGAGCAGACGGAGAUGAAGGGCUUCAAGAGCAAACCGAAAAGGAAGGGCCACAUCCAGCCCGACCUGAUCGACGUGGAUCUGAUCCGAGGUUCUACGUUUGCCAAAGCCAAGCCUGAGAUCCCCUGGACGUCGCUGACUCGGAAGGGAAUCGUGAGAGUCGUGUUCUUCCCGCUGUUCAGACAGUGGUGGAUACAGGUCACAUCCCAGCGUAUUUUCACGUGGCUCCUGGUGCUCUAUGUUAUGCAAGUCAUAGCAGUUAUAUUGUAUUUCAUGAUGCCCGUUGUGAAUGCAAGCGAAGUGAUGGGACCGAUGUGCCUUAUGUUACUGAUGGGAACUGUUCACUGCCAAAUAGUGUCCACCCAGAUAAACAAAACAUCAGGAAACAACGGCCUCAGCAGGCGGAGGAGGAAAUUACGCAAACCCGUGGGUGUCGAUGGGAACAGUUGGUCUCCUCCUGACAAAGCCAGUACAGAACAGCAGGCGGAAUCCGCGUCCGCGCUCACCAGUUUAUUUGGCAUGCUCUUCCGAAGGAGGGUCAGAAACACAAAGUUGGUAGCUGAGAAAGGAACUGAGACAGAACACGGUGUGAGCGCCGUGAGUAAUGACGUUAAGCACAGACACGCCAGGUCUGAACACAGGCUGCUGCACUUCAAAGAGAAAAAUAAACUUUCCGACGUGGAAAAGAGCCAUCAGGAUGAUUGCACCAACAGGGAUGGUCUAUCUGAUGAGCUUUCGAGCGAGGAGGAUGCUGAAGCAGUGGCAGAGAGGAUCCUGUUACGGCAGAACGUCGAAGGGGCUUCCAGUGACAACAGCUACGAAGAGAAGAAAAAGCAGCGUCCCAUUUCUCUGAGCCAGGCUGUCUCGCAGGUCAAGCAAGCCCUUAAAGGUGUCAGAGACUCUGACAGCGUUGCGGAGUCCGAACUUGAAUCCACAUUAUAUAAUCAGGACUCGGGCUCGUGCAUUAGUGUGGGGUCCCGGAGCUGCAGUGUGACCCGGAGAGACUCCGAGAGCACGCGGCACGACUCCGAGACAGAAGACAUGCUGUGGGAUGAUCUGCUGCACGGCCCGGAGUGCCGCUCGUCCUGCACCAGCGACAGCGAGGAGGAGGCUGUGAAGGGCACCAGGCGGGACCCGAAGGAAGAUGUUUUUCAGCAGAACCAUUUGCUCUGGCUGCAGAAUACAAGUCCAGAAUCUGCAAAAGUGAGCGCGCUGAUCUGGGAAGGGAACGACUGUAAGAAGGUGGACAUGUCCGUGCUGGAGAUCAGUGGGAUCAUCAUGAGCAGGGUUAAUGCCUACCAGCAGGGAGUGGGGUAUCAGAUGUUGGGAAACGUCGUCACCAUUGGAUUAGCAUUCCUGCCGUUCCUCUACAGACUCUUUCACACGGAUAACAUGGAGCAGUUGUGCUCCAUUUCUCUGAUGGAGCUUUUGCACAUCUUCUGUGGAGCUCCCGCAAGCAUCCCUGUCAUUGUUUUGUCUGCAAUCAACUUCCUUGAACGGCUUUGCUUAACCUGGAUGUUUUUCUUUAUGAUGUGUGUUGCUGAGAGAACGUACAAACAGAGGUUUUUGUUUGCCAAGCUUUUUAGUCACAUUACAUCUGCUCGGAAAGCCAGGAAGUACGAAAUUCCUCACUUCAGACUCAAGAAGGUAGAAAACAUUAAGAUCUGGUUAUCCCUUCGUUCCUAUCUGAAGAGGCGAGGCCCCCAGCGAUCCGUGGAUGUUGUCGUAUCAUCCAUCUUCUUACUGGCUCUUUCAAUUGCUUUUAUCUGCUGUGCCCAGGUCCUGAAGGGUCACAAAACAUUUCUGAAUGCAGCUUACAACUGGGAGUUCUUAAUCUGGGAGGCAGCACUUCUUCUCUUUUUACUACGCCUAGCAUCCUUGGGCUCUGAAACCAACAAGAAAUACAGUAAUAUUUCAAUCUUGCUUACUGAGCAGAUAAACUUGUACCUAAAGAUGGAGAAGAAACCGAACAAGAAAGAACAGCUGUCUCUUGUUAACAAUGUUUUGAAGCUAUCUACCAAGCUGCUAAAGGAGCUGGACACGCCGUUCCGGCUGUACGGGCUGACCAUGAACCCCUUAAUCUACAACAUAACACGUGUUGUAAUACUCUCUGCUGUCUCGGGUGUUAUAAGUGAUCUGCUAGGAUUCAAUAUCAGAUUAUGGAAAAUUAAACCAUGAACUGACUGACCAUCAGCACGGCCUCUCCAGCAGAAGGACAGACCAGAGACCCAGGGCUGGGGCAAAAAGCAGGGGUGCUCUCAAACUACAGAGGUCUGUCAUCAGUUUCUUUAACAGCAUCUCAAGGUAUGCACUGAAAGCUGUCCCUCUGCUUUACUGUUCUAUGACAUAAACUGGUCCAAUUUAUGAAGUCAUCCCAUGGUAUGCACGUGUAAAACAGAAUAAAUUGAGCCAAAUACUGGUAGUAGCUCACACUGAAGAUCACAGGAACUGUGUGCGCAUACUGUGGAGCAUCAAUCACUACACAAGCCAUGCUCGAGUGUCACAGGUGAUUGCUGCAGGUGCCUUGUUUCCUUAAGUAUCAGUCCUGUGCAAUAACACGUAAAGAGUCAGUCCUCCUGGUUUUGUUUGCAUCAUUUUCAGAGAGCACUGGAGCUCCACUGAACUCUGUGUGUCCGCCUUCAGCGCUCUGCUCAGACAAUACUGACGAGGCAUUGAUGUGAAUGUGCUGAAGAGCACUUCUCUCAGAAUUUCAUCGUGCUUUAGGCUGCUGCUGCUGCACGAUGCAGUGGCAUCAGGCUGCAUCGCAUGAACACUGACUCUAUGCUGACAGCUAAACUUGCAGCUGCAUAGCAGCUCUGUUACAGAUGGAUGCUGGUUGGUUUACAUGGGGUUUUCUGCAAAUAAAUCAUUUUGGAAAAACACAAGUUACAUUUGAGCAACCUUACACCACGAACUGCAGGUAAAACGUGUCAACUAAAAAUUAUUUUGCUAUGGUUGUUCCCUCUGACACCUCAGUGAUGUUUAAUCAGGGGGCAGUUAACAGCAUGUGCUAUGUACAGGGUGUCCUGCUGUGAUUUCUUCCAAUGACAGCUGAACUCGGUGUUCUGGGAAGCUGCUGCAGCUCUGCAAUAGUGCCUUACACUGGAAUACUGGAGGAAGAGUUCCUGUUGUGGUAAUCAGGUCAGUGGAAGAUAACUGACAAAGACUUCCUCAUCUGAAAAUAGAUUUGUGUUUAGAAAUGGCAUAGGAAAGAAAAGCUGUAAGGACAUGUGUUAAACUUGCAUUUUCCAUCAGUUUUGCUGACUGUUCUAUCAGUCAUGAAGAAAAGCAAAAUCUGCCCUUGUCAUAGCUUCGUUCUGUCACGUAAGGAGCGAGAUGGCAUAAGAAUUUUUGGUAGUAAAUUGUUUAUAGCUAUUUUCUGUACAAGGAAAGGUUGAAAGAUGGAAAAGAAAAUGACAGCUUGAUAUAUCAAAAUGUACAAAUAAAGCUACGGUACAAGUAUUUCUUCAUAAA